ACAGCUCAUUGUCACAUGAACGUCAUAACGUAGUCAACAACCUCUUCAUCACAGCAGUAAUUAAUUUACACAGGCAGAAGUCUUUCAUUAGGCUUCGAACGAGCUGUAAGAUGAAAUUAUUCCUCUCGUUGUUGGUCGUGGUUGUCUUCCAUGCAGUAGGUAGCUUUGGGCCUCUACAUGCGUCUUGCAAAAUAAGUUGGUCUUGGGCGGUUAAAUGCAGUAUGGUUAAUGAUGCCAUCGUCAAUCAGAUUCAGAAGUGGCAUUCAAAUGAAACCUGCCCAGAUGGAAAAGGGGAAAAGUGUCUAUAUACGCUUGUGAGCCAGACUGAUACUGAGAUCAAAGCAAUCCAUGAGACACCCAAGCAACACUACAAAGAUGACCUCACAUUUACUUUUACUGCAAAUGGAACUGGACUGUGUAAUGUGAAGGGCUAUUCAACCUCUGAAACAUGGUAUGCUGUGUUGGACUAUGGUACAAACUACUGUAACCUUCACAACUUGAUCACAGGAGCUGGACUUGACAAAAUGCCAAAAUACUCGGAAGAAACCAGUGACUCUGUUUGCACCCAAUACAGCUCUGCUGACUGUGAGAAAUACUGAGGGGGCAAAUGUUUUGCUUGAAACUGCCUCUGGGGAGGAGAUUUUUCAACUUAUUUUUGCUCUGAUUAAGUUCUCGCUGGAACAAUUAAUAUCCUCCAUCACAUUAAUGGAGGGACCCUUACUUUCAUGAAAAUUGAAAUGCUAUUGAAUAAGUUGCUGUUGCCUUUCAUUUUGCAUGGUUAGUUUUUAAUUCUAAUUGACCCAACCAACUGAAGAAGCUCUUGAUUGUUAAACAAAUUCUCCUUUUCUGCACCUUAUACACAUUUAUAAAGAAGGAGAUGACAGAAGGAUAAACAAAGAAAGAAAUUGAUUGAUGUUUUUUUUUUUUAGAUACAUUUAGAGAUUGGGAUUAAAAUAUAAAAUAAAUUUUCUUAGAUGCAUUUUGAAGAUUUGUAAUAAAAUGUAAAAUGAUUAAACGGACUGAGUAGAUAAAGGUCUGCUGAAGUAAAUGGA